AAAGAUGACGACAUCUCUGAUAAAAGAGGGGCGGAAGAGCCAAACAGCACAGUUUAUUUCAACUUCGAAGCUGUUGAGAUCACCAAUCACUACUGCUAAUUUAUAAUGGACGUGGCGGACACCAAAUCAAGCCUUUCUGAACUCAAACUUCCAUUGUCCCCUGGGCCUGACGGUUACCAUAGAGACCAGGGAACACAGACUCUGAGGGUGAUGAAACAGGAAGACGGUGUGCCCCCGACAACAGCCCUAACAACGUGCCUGAAUUCUGUCUGUGUGAAGAUCGAAGAAGGGGAGACAGCGAGUCAGACGAGGUUCAGUGUAAUCAAGGUGGAGGAAGAGGAAAAAGACAUAGGUUCUCCUCUACAGUCUAGUGAGAACCCAAGUCCUCUAUCUGACAUCACCAGCCAUAGUUCUGACUACGAACCCCACCCCAGCUCUGGGCCUGGUCCCGCCCGGACCCAGAGGCUCAGAGUCAGUCCAGACAAGCACUCCAGGUCCGAAGAGAAAGAUGAGGAUGAGAAGGAAGACGAGAAAGAGGAAGAUGAGAAGCAGAGUCCAGAGGAUUCACUAGAGGAGGAAGGGACCAACCCCAAAAGGAAGACGAAAGGUCGACGCAAACCCAAACGGACCGUUCACACCCGAAAGAAGGCAUACUCGUGUUCCUCCUGCCCCAGGAAGUUCUGCACGCUGGGAGAGCUACGAAGGCACUCAUUCACCCACACAGGAGAGAGACCCUUCCCCUGCCCUGACUGUGACAAAAGCUUCACCCUUCAGUCAGCCUUGAAAACCCACCAGCGUAUACACACAGGAGAGAGACCCUUUGUUUGCGACGUGUGUAACAAGGGCUUCGCCCAAGCAGGAAACCUGAGGUCCCAUGAACGCACACACACCGGAGAAAGACCAUUCACCUGCUCCGUCUGUAGGAGGACAUUUGUAGAGGCUGGUCACCUGAAGAAGCACAAGAGGGUCCAUACCGGAGAAAAGCCCUACCACUGCACCUCCUGCCCUAUGAAGUUUCCCUCCUCCAGCGAACUCAGGGUCCACGAGAAGAUCCAUAGCCAGGAGAAACCUCACAGCUGUUCCGACUGCGGCAAGUCCUUCAGGCAGCUGUGGAACCUCAAGCUCCACGAGAGGAUCCACUCCAAUGAGAAGCCUUACACAUGUUCCCAGUGUGGCAAAACCUUCCGUGCCCACGGGACCUUAAAGGUACAUCUGAGGACCCACACUGGAGAGAGGCCUUACCCCUGCCUAGACUGCGAUAAGCGUUUCAUCACUUCAUCUGAGCUGAAGAACCACCAGAGGAUCCACACUGGGGAGAAACCCUUCUUCUGCUUUGACUGUGGGAAGAGUUACUAUAAGCUAAAGCAGCUGAAGGAGCACAUGCGGUUCAACCCGGACCACAGCACGACACGCAGUGGUCUCAACAACAUAGAAGACGAGAAUAUGCUCUACUCUACCUCACAUGAUGGAGGAUUGUGAUGGUUUUUAAUGUUGAACUUUUUUUUUUUAAGCGGACAAUGCAUGAGUUUUAUUGAUCUUGUCAGUGGUGCUGGUGAUGACAUCACUGGAAUGAUUCACCAUUGUAAAAAAAAUUAUAAUGCAAAAACUACUGACAACUUGCUAUUUUUUCAGCCUGGCUGUGGAACACAUAGUGAGCUACUAUUUAGUUUGCCAGUAGUAGGCAUGUAGGAGAAGCUCAAUUCCUAGGCCCAGCGCUAAAUACACUACUAAAUCUAACGUAUGUUGAGUAGUAGAUACACUGCCAAUAACAAUCAUAAAGAACAUGUUACACUGAAAAUCAUCGGUUUGAUUUUCUGUCAGUUGAAGAGAGACAUUCAGAUUGUUUUCAAGAGAAUAGUUUUAAAUGUUUCACUUAAUGCGUGAAUGACAUGAAGCUAACUAAUAGGUAGAAUAUCCUACACUUUUUCCACAGUGUACACUGUUCUACACUCUAAAUUAUAAUCAAAACUAUGCUACACUUAAUACCUGGUUACAAUAUACCACAAACCUUGCCACAAUCAGAUAGGCAGGGGUGUCAACCGGUUCUGUGGACGGCAGUGUGUCUGCAGGUUUUGGGUUUUUCCUAUAAAUUGGUUCCCAGUUCAGACCUACACAACCAGGUGAGGGUAGAAA